AUGCCUAAAAAAGAGUUCGAAAAACGACUAGAACUAUUCAAAAAAGUUUUUCAUCGUAAGUGCUUAUUUUGUGAGGUAAUGAUUGAGGGUAAAGGUUUCCAAGAAAACGAAAGCAAAACAGUCUUAUCACUUUGCGAGUUUUGUUCGAGAAAAUAUGAAGUUGUUGAGGAACUUAAAAAAAAUAAGGAAGCCGACAAGGAGCAAACGCAAGAAAUCGCCAAUUGUUUUUAUGGAAAGUGUUAUUUUUGUAAUGAGGAGACAAUUAAGCGAGGAGUUCACGAACAUUAUUCAUACAGAGAGAUUUUAUUUGGCAAAAAAAUAUUAAGUGAAAUAGAUGCUUGUAAGGCUUGUUUUUCUAGAUAUAAUGCUUUAUGUGAAUUAGAACAACAAAAAUUAGAAAUAACCCAAGCCCAAAUUCAAAUUCCACCCAAAUAA